UGAUCUCUGCCCACAGUGAGCGCGAUAGAGCAGGGAAAGCAGAAGCAGCAGCGGCGGCGGCGGCAGCAUCAUCCGGCGCACAGCCUCUCUCAGCUCGCACUGCUGGGGUUCCUGGACCCCCGGACCCCCGUUAAGCCAUGGCAGCCGAGGUCCGGUCAAUGGGGCGUCGCUGAGGAAGGGGAGUGAGUGAUGGAGUCUCUGUUUGGGGGGGAGCUGGGCCUGCUGGGGGGCAGUGAGGGACUGAAAGAGGAUGGCUGUGGAGUGGGCUGGUCCGGAUCGCCCUCUCCGGAGGACAUGUACUCAGCCUCCCACUUCGCCCUCAUCAGCGCUUACCAGGACAUCAAGACCAGGCUGGUGGGGCUGGAAAGAGAGAACACCGACAUCAAGAGGAAACUGAAGAUCUACGAGAUAAAGUUUCCUAUGAUCGGUGACUUCGGCGAUGACAGAAAUUCCUACUGCUCCUUUGAGCCCAAAGACACAGCUCUGCUCCAAUCAGAGAACGGCAAUCUACAGCAACGAAUCAACAUCCUUACUCAUGAGCUUCAGAAGAGUAAGGAGCGUGAGGAACAGCUGGAAGAUGUGAUUCAGGCCUAUGAGAAGAUCCACAUGGAGAAGAGCAAUCUCCAAAGAGACUUGGACAAGAUGACGUCUCUGGUGGAGAAGCACGUGGAGCGGAUCCACAGUCUGGAGUCUGCGCUGAGGCAACGAGAGAGCUCACUCCACAAACUGAACACACAACUGCACAGCAAAGACAUGCAGUACCUGCAGCUGCAUGCCAGCCCAGAUACACACAGACUGGACUGUCCAGCUUUGACCCUUCAGAGCUCCCGCAGUCUGGACACUCUGUCCGAUCUCAAACUGCAACAGUUGGAGGCGGAGCUAGAAGGGGCGCGGCACGAGGCUCAGGGGGCGUGCCAAAGGGAGGAGGAGCUAAAGGCUGAGUGUGAGAGACUGCAGGAAGAGUUAAGAGAGCUUCAGAAUAACCAGAGGCAACGGGAGGUGAACUCCACCUGUGCCCAGUGUGACGUGGAGUGGAUAAAGAAGGUGGGAGACGAACAGGUGAACCUGGCCCUGGCCUACACUGAGCUAACCGAGGAACUUGGCAAGCUGCAGGCACUCAGCGCCAAACAGACAGAGAUCCUGAGGAAAGCCUCGCAGGAGCAGGCCAGUCCAGUUCAGCGUCAUUCUCCUGUGCCUCUCCAGAGGCAUUCACCUGUUCCUCAGCGCCACUCCCCCAUCCAGCAACGCCACUCCCCCAUCCAGCAGAGGCACUCCCCUGUGCCCCAGAGACGCAGCCCAGUGCUGCAGCGCCUUUCCCCAGACAUGCACCGCCGCUCACCCCUGCCUGAAAUCAGCGAUGGCCCCGCCUCCUACUCCUGCAGGCCAACCAGCCACCACCUGAGAGCCAGCUUUCAAGGGCGCCGGAGCUACUCGGAAGUAGCAGACCCAUCGGCCUACCAGCGGCCUCCUCGCUUCACCCUGGACCCCGUCUCCACCCUCCCCAAACCCCGGCCCUAUGUGGAAAGCUACCACAAGCAGCAGUCCCCGCAACAAUCACAGCAGCAGCAGCAGCAGCAACACGGAGGCAGCCCUCACAUUCUAUCUCAGAGACGAGGCUCGCAGCCCGGGCUUCAGGUCGUGGGAGGUGAAGGGAGUCUAGCUGAAUCCCCGAGACACUCCAGAGAGCUCUCUUUCCAGCACCAGGAGUUGUCCCAUCUGCAUUACGAGCCCCAGCCAGGCCCGGCGCCACUCCAUUCCUCCCCCCAGCCACCCCAUUCCUCAGAGGACGAGGAGGAGUGGACCUGCCCCCAUCCUAUCAGUCCCCCGCGGACACUGGGCGCUUCUGGCCCUGCCUCCAGCAUGAGAGGCCCCGCCUCCUGCUCCGCCUUCCCAAUACCAGCACGCCCCAACACACUAAGCUGCCAUCCACCUGGGUACCUGCAUGCAGAACAUGCCCAGUCCUGGCCUUCCAUUAAUCUGUGGAUGGAGACAGAGGAGGAGAGUGAUGUCAGGAGCUGCCCGCUGUGCCAAGUGAUCUUCCCCGUUGGUUACCCUGAUGACGCCCUGAUCAAGCACAUCGACUCGCACCUGGAGAACAGCAAGAUCUAACACCCCCCGCCCCCCCUCACACCCCUCACACCCCCCCCUCUCUUUUAGACUUUCACUAAAGUCUCAUUAGCAGCUCUUAUGCGCUUAGCUGGAUGCCUUGAAAGUGAGAGGAGAGCCAGCAUGCUGAGGUAAGAUAAAGCGAGGCCUUAUAAAGUGGGGCUGAUUGUGAUUCUGUAAUAUCAUAGCAGAUGUAUAUGCAGUGUUUAUAUGGUGUUACGUUAUGAAUGCCACCGAGAGAUGAAAAAGGCUUUUAAGGCUCCUUCCGAGCGCAAUGUAAUCACGACCCUAUUUAUUUAUUUAUUUAUUUAUUUAUCUAUUUAUUCAUUUGUUUAUGUAUUCGAGAUGUUGGACUCUUUUUCAGUGUCAUAUCUCCCUGCACACAGACUGACUGUCCUUGGAGUUAAAAGAGCAGUCAUAAUCCAAAUAAACCACUCCCAUAAACACGCAUUACUUCUCCUGACAGAGUAAAUUCAAAUGUUUGGGAUGUAACUAUUGUUUCUGUACCACUGCAAACCUCUCAGAGUUUAAAUGAGCUGUUAGCAAUCCUUUUGUUGACUGUUAUGAAUUGGGGUACAGCAAGAGGUGGGUAGCGACUAGUUACAAUUAUGCAGUUAUAUAUAUUUACAGGUGCCAAAGAGUCAGUUUAUUGAGCAUUUCAAACAGUUCUUCCAUUUACCUCAGAAGUCGGAUGUCAGAGCUAAUAAUGACGUCACAGCGGAGUUGACAGUUUUCACAAACAAUACUUAUCAAGGUUUGUCAUUAAUUUACCAGUGUUUUUUGGUGAAUCCAACUAAAAAAAUCACCCAGUUUUUAUUUUAUGUGCAAUGAUUGUUAGCAUAGUCCCAGAGUAGCUUUGUUGUUGCAGUAUUUUGCACAACAGAAUACUAUAAAAACAUGUCCACAGAUAGAGGUUGGAAAGUAUUGUGGAUGACCGAACUCAAGAGACUCAAAUACAUAGAUAGAAGUACUAAUAAACUGUGUAAUACCACUGCUUUUACUACUGUUGAUGUGCAGUCUUCUUGGAUUCUAAUUUAGACGUUGAGGAAGCUCUUCUUUCCAAAUUGGAAAUCUGAAAGUGGGAGCGUUCAAGUUGAAAUUUCCAACUGGGAAAUAAUGAAAUUCAAAUAUUACAUACAUUUAUUUAAGACGGAGAUUCUCAGAUGCUGCUGAACAAGACUAUUUACAACCCUUCCAUUUCCUUUUACUGAGAAAUUGCAGGAAAAUAAUGAUAAGUUCGGCUUUCAUCAAACCAGCCAGUUUAUAAAACUAGAGCAAUAUUUUAACAUUGUAACAGAAAGGCUAUAAAUAUUCAUGAGUCUUACCGGAUGGUAUUGCUUUAGCUCAGUAUGAUGUGCUGUUAGCAAGCUAAACAGAGUUGAAUCAGGUCAGCUUUUAGCCUUUCCCCUGCUACCUUCCCCUGGUUUGCCUUUCUAUAGUCUUACAGCUAAAUAACAUAAGCCAGCACUUUCCUGAUUCUUACUGAUGUGUGUUUAACUCCAGUUUUGUAAUCAUGUGAGAUAGACCAGUUUUUUUUUUUUUUUUUUUUUUUAACGCUACUGUUAGCGCUUUUAGCACAGUGCGAUUCCCUACUUCCUCAUGUGCAAACUUUGAGCUUCUCACCUGGAGACACUGGCGACGAGAAAGGCCAGUAAUAUGCCAAGGAAAAUACAUUUUGUCAUUCAAAAAUCCAAAGUCUAAUUUUGAAUGAUUGCCUGCAAUUGUUUCCUGAAUUUAAUUUCAUUAGGUUGUGUGAGAUGACAGCAGCUUUGUAAUCAGUUAUGCACCUGCUGUUUGAGCUUAAUCGUCUUAUUUAAAUCCAAAAUGUUCACUAAAAGAGAAGAAUAUAGUCUAAUUGUUUUAGUGAUAAAUGCAUUAAGAGUUUCCACUGCAGGUACUUCAGUUGUUUUGUUGUUUUUAAUAUUUCAGUGAAGUAAAUGUUUACCUGAGUAUGGAUUUAUGCUACUCUGCCCACCUCUGGAAACAAUUCAGCUCAACACUGAGACAUUUCUAAAGUGCUACAGAAAAGGGUUAAGAACCUAAACAUUUGAAUUUACAGUGCAAACAUGGCCGUACAGACGAAUGCCAUGUACAUUUUCAUUGUCUGAAGAGUGAUUGUUUGAUUGUUGUAAAGAGGGUGUCCUGCAGGGCGGGGCAUCGCGGCCUUGGUAAAAGAGGGGAUAUGAGGUACCUGGCCAAUGGCUGCAUUUGUAAUGCAUAUAAUAUAAAUAUCAUUUGAAUUUCAGCACUUUAUACAGACCCUUAAUAUCCAGUUUACCUUUACAAGUAUGACUAACACUGAGGCAAAAAAUAACCGAAGAGAUAUCAUUUAUUUUUAAUAUUCCCAACCGUCUAUCUUAAUUACUCCUUAGCUUGGUAGAACUUCCCUUUAACACUUUAACUUUAACUAUACACACACGUGUACCUAUAUGUAAACUCACUAUUACAUCUCCACUGUUCGUCUUCCUCUGUGAGAAAGGAAAGUCCUUGGAUGAAGAAGUAUCUUAACAGGGUAUCAACCACAUGGUUCCAAUCAUCCAAACUCACAGAUGCUUAAGCAAAACACAGAUGCUAAUGUCUUAAAUGGAUCAAAUGUAUUAUACAAAUGUAUCUUCAAAUGAGAUUGGGUUGGAGGACAAUGUGGGUAUUUAUCUUAAAUUUGAUAAAGCUCUUUAUUACUAUAAAAUCUUCAGAUUAUCCAACUUCUCCACAAACUUGGAUGGAUUUUCUUUCUCCCAGGUUGAUACCGUGGAUUUGUCUGAGAUGCACAUCAUGAAAUGAUAAGAGAUUCAUUCUUCUGACCAAAUCACUAAACACUUUAAGCAAAAAUGCUUCACUGUAUGUACUGUAAAUGUACCGGACCUGUAUUUAAAGCCAGUUACGUGUAUUAACCUGUAAAAUCUGUGUACAUAAAUAGACAUUUUGUGAGCUCAAAAGAGAGUGAAGAACGAAAGAAAGGAAAAUAUUGGAGAUCGCAAAUUAAUAUCCCAUACACUUACUACAGUAAUAAGACACUGGAGGCCAGUAUGGCAAGAACGAAGUGAAACAUUUUAAUUAGCUACCUUCCCAGCUACUCUUUCCUGUGUUUGCCCUGUACUGCAUUGCGAACUCUCCCUGCUAGCGACUCGCUGUCCGAUAUUCAUGGCCCUUGUAAAAGUCAGGCCACUUAACAUCCCAGUGACCCAAUUAACGAGCUACCAAAGAGGGAAAGUAGCACAAAAUGAUCACAUCAUUACUGCCCCAAGUGCUAAAUUACAUGGCCAAAUAUAGCUGGGAGCAGACAAACCCUUUACACUGGCUGUCAAAUAAGUGGAGAGGAUUUUCAAAACUGGAUAAAGAGAAAAAAAUCAAAUACUAAAAAUGGUAAGAGGGGAAUGCUAGCCUUCAGAGUAAUUAGUAUUAAGAUUAAGACUCAAUAUUAACACAAAUAUUUUAAUCCAGUAUUAUAUAAAUAUUAUAAUCCAGUACUUAAUAAAAGCAGUACAGUAUGAUCAACCUUAAGACUUAAAAGUUAAAAAAGUUUUGGAAAUAUGGUCUAAAAUUAGUUAAAUAAAAGUACCAAUUAAGCAUAUCAACCUCACAUUUUGAAACAUUUUGAGUGCAACCUUUUAAAGGCCUGAGCUACAUUUAGUAUAUAUAUAUAUAUAUAUAUAUAUAUAUAUAUAUAUAUAUAUAUAUAUAUAUAUAUAUAUAGAGAUGAUGUGAUACUAAUGUGCAGACCAGUGCAAACACAGUGAUUCUACUGCAUAAUCAAAUCACACACAGCACAUGUACAUUCAGUCAGACCGGCAUCCUUCUCCACUGAGCUACAGCGUAGAGACAAAACAACACUUACGCCACUAUUCACAAAGAGUUCACUCAGGAGUUAUUUAAAGAGCUAUUGCUGAUGUUUCUCUUCCUCAGCCCGCACUUCUUAAAAAAAAAAGCAGAUCACCUGUCUCUGAAUCUUCUUCUAGUGGUUUCUCUUUCAGCCUGUAGUUUGGUGUGUGACUACCUUGUGAUAUUCUUAAAUAACUCAGGGGACAAAGCUUUGUGAAUAUGGCUCCUGUACCGCACUUCUUUAAACCUCCACAGAGACAGUGUGAUAACUCGCCAAAUCUGUGACACUGCAGAGAGAACAUUAAUGAGGUGUAAUUAUAGAAAUAUUUUGUGAUAGUAAUGAGGGACUUGUAAAAAAAAAAAAGAAAAAAAAUACAAAUAUUAUAAAAAGAUAGAUUAAAUAAAUGCAUAAUGUGUCAUUUUUUUUCUUUCUGUAAAUACUAUGGUAAAUAAACGGGAACUUGCACUGA